GUUGAUGGGAGGAAGCGAGGGUAAGCAGGCGCGGAGAUGACAACGUGGUAGAGAGAAGUAGAGAGGGAGAGAGAUCGCGUGACUAACGAGAGUGGGCUUUCAUACGAGAGCAGAUCGUCGUAACCGCAUGAGUACGUAUGUAUGUGGCCGCGAGGAAUAUCUACAUGCUGCUGCUGCUGCUGCUGCUGCUGCUUCCGAAUCACGAUGCGCGCUGGGGGCCUAGGCGAGGGAUGGGCUACGAUACCCUCGACGAAGAGGAUAACGGGGACGGGGACGGGGCUGAUCGCUGGCGUCUACGAGUAUCAUACCGUACCCAGCGAGCCAGGGCCGGUGGGGGAGGGGGACUCGGCAGCUUCACUUUGCAUAGCGUGUCGAGGCCAGAUCGACCUAGGGAUCGUUGCCUGCCUACCUACACACAUACAUACGUGCAUACAUAUAUGUACAUAGAUAUACCGCGGUCGAAGCGUGGCCGCCUGCUAUCAGGCUGCCAGGGCAGCGAGCGCGGGCGAGCAUCUGCAUACGGCGUCUACGAAGGCGUACCGUUCUAGAGAAACGGUGGCGGGCAGGUUUGGCUUCCAUACAUGCCUCCCGUCUGCCUGGCUGCCGGACUUGGCCGAACCCAUGCCACGCGUGGGUAUACGAUAUAGUACGGGGAGGUAUAGCAUACCGAUAUCCCCUAAUUCCAUCUUACGCACACGCGAGCGGUGAGUUUCCGAAUGCUGGGGCCGGCGCACCCCACGCG